AUGGAGAGUGAAGUGGUAGACAUAAACACCAGCCUCGAUAAUCCUCUGAGUCCGAGGAUCCUGACCGGCUUGGGGAUGAGUUGUCUUCUCAGUCCAAAGUACAGACACUCUGGGCCUGGCCUUGCCAGUCCUCAGGAGUACAACCAGUGGCUCCCUUUCCGUCAUGACGCCAGCCUGCUGCCAAUGAAAGAAGACCUGGCUUUCUGGCUCAACACACUUCUGGGUAAGAGCGGUUUCUCCAUGUGACCACCUUAACAAACCAACAACACUGAUGCCAGCUAUAAAACAAGCAGAUUGUCAAGUUACAGCUGGAGGAAUUUAUAAAAUCAAAACAUCACUUUCAGAUGACAUUUCUCUCAGUUAUCUACAGAUGAACAAGCCUUGCCAAUUACAUUAGAAAAGGUGAUAAAAUGUGCUGUCUUAUUAAACACAGAGGCACAGUAACCUACUUAUUACCACAAAUCCUUGAAAUGCUUCUCUGUGAGGAGCGCUGCUGCUGCAACUUCAGUGAAAUGGGUUGUUUCUUCACACUUUCCUGUUUGGUGGGAGAAAACGUAAAGGGUUUGUAUGUGCUCUAACAUGUCUAAAUAUAUCUGGACGUGGGCAACAAAUAUUCCAAUAAUAACCCAAAAGUUUGGCAAUAUCUCAACCGUAAUGUAUUAUUGUUGGGUUUACAAAUACAGCACUAAAGUAAAAUGACAAAUUUUCAAUUGUUUUAUAUUAAAACUUCUCUGAAAAUUAGCAUAAGACUCUUAUGGGAGAAUGAAACGACAGUUACGUACAGCUGCAGUGUUUAUAUCCAUGUCAUUUCAUUCUCCCAUCAUGAGAGAUGCUGUAAAAAUAAUUUUGUCUGUGAACUUAAACAAAGAAACAUAAAAACAGACCUUGAGUAGUUCUUGUAAGUUACUGCACGUUUUUUCAUUGUUUGUUUGCCUCUCUUCAGGUGUGGACCUCACAGCAGACAGUCUGAUGGAGAGACUGGAUAAUGGCGUUCUCCUCUGUCAACUGGCACAGCUACUUCAGGAGACUAUGAUCCACACCAACAAUGGCAAGGUGCAACAAACACAAGUAUUAAGACUUCAAAAUUCCUGCAGUAACAAUAACACUACAAUAAAAAUAAACCAGCAAAGGUGCUGUCUAUAUCUGUAGAUUUAGGCUAAACUAUGUCUUAGAAUAGACGUCUGCAUGCGAUUGUGAAAAAAUUCCACUUACAGAUGUUUUUGCCUAACACCAUCAUUGCUCCUGAAGUUGCCAGUUUAACAGUAAACAAAGUCAAGGCAAAAAGUUGUCUCCAUAAUUUGGUCAUAACUUUCAGUGGCCGUAUUAUCAUCAGAUGAUAGCAGAUAUCAAACCCAUGAAAGGGUCACAUCUGCUUAUUUUUCCUGUUAAAAUUUAAACAUGCAGACGUAAGAAAGAUGGCAUCAGUCUUCUAAUAAUGAACAGUUUUUCAGGGUUUCUAUUACAAACUCACUUCCCUUCUGUGCCCAUGUGUGUUGGUACACUUACAUACGUUUCUGUGUAUUUAAAACAAUUACAGCCCGUCAUGAGGAGAGUCAUCCACUGGCGUGCCGAUGCGACCUCAGGAUCCUUUUUUGCUCGAGACAACACUGCUAACUUUCUCUACUGGUGCAGAAAGAUUGGCGUUGAUGAGGCUUAUCUCUUUGAGUCAGAGGAUUUGGGUGAGUCAAGACCGGAGAUUGCUUGUCCUAUCAUCGAGUUUAAGAGCUCUCCUUUCUGUAACUCACAAAAGCUUCUGUUGAUUCAUAUGCAUCUAUUGUACUCAGCUAUUAGUUGAAUUACAUUUUUGAAACUUUGUCCUCAUAAGGUCUGAAUAAACAUCGUAACAACUGUUUCCACAUGGUUUUAUGUUUUGUGUGUAUCUGUUUGUUGUGUGAGAACAUCACGUCCCUCCUAUUUCCUCUUUGGUGAUGAAACUUUUCCCAUUCUUACUUUGUCUGAAAACUAAACUAGACUCACCAAAAAGUGUCCUAUUUUUCAACAGAUAUUAUGUGAGCAGAAUCUGUGACUUGCGUGAAAAAGACUAUUUGCUUGGAGCAUUCACGAUCAAAAUUUCCAGACUUAAAUGAUCAUAGUACUUGGGCUUAGACUUCCUGUAUCAUUUCUGCAUUUCUUGCAUGUGUGUGCUUAGUAUGCCAAAGUUGUUCUGUGUCAUUAAGCAUACACUGCCUUCUAUUUACACUUUUUACUGGGGCAUGUCCAUGCAAGUAAGUAUGACAGGUGCGUGAGAAUGAAAUCCCCCUUAACAAUAGGCCCCCCUCACAGCCAGACUAACCUAUUUUACUUCGACUAAUUAAGUGAUGGGGAAACUUUGACACACUUUAGUUUCCCCUUCAAUGCCUCAUUGUCCUGAAGGCACAGAUGACUACUCUUCCUCUCUCCUUAUCUUUUUUCUGCCGCAGCCAUGAUGUGAUGGUGGAUGAAUACAGGUAAAUGAACCCCUUAGAUGGCAUGAAUGCUCUUUUUGAUGCAUAGUUAGAGGAGUGGAGUAGAGUGCUCCUUAUGCAUUCAGCUGCACAUCCUCAGCCCACAGGAAUCCCCACUAAGCUGCUAAGAUAGAGAUGCAAAGGAGCCAACCUGAAAUGUGCCCCUUUUGUUUAGACUGUUGCUUCUCUACACUUUUGUCUCUAGUGUUAUCUCCAGAAAAAUCCUCUUUCUUUGUUCUUUUCUGUUGAGUAACUCUUUGUAUUUUAUCUCCAUCUCCUAAUACCUUUGUGUAAUGCAUGUGCCACCUGAAGUCCUCCAUAAGCAGCCUCGGGAGGUGUGCCUGUGUCUGAUGGAGCUGGGCCGCAUUGCAGCCAGGUAGCUACAUGAAAAUAAUCUUUAACUUCUCAGUCUUGUACUCUUGUAUGAACAUUUAUCUAUUCUUGAGUCUAUUAUUUAACCUCCUAAACUACUUAUCUUGUUAUUUUGGCGUUUUGAGAAACUUUAAGCUAACUUCAUGAAAACUGCAUCCAUCUAUCCACACUUAGAGCUCAUCAUUAUUUUUUAAAAUCUAUCUAACUAGCUAACUUAGCUAGCUGUUUUAACCAAGUUGUACCCUAUAGCUAUACAGCAUCGAGCUACCAGUGAGUGAACUAAUUCAACAGCAAGUCUGUUACUUAGGUUAACAAAGAAACAAUUAAGCCACUUUUUUUUUUACAUGUUUGACACACGAUAGCAAUACACAGCGGUCCAUGGAACCACACACAAGCCUCAACCAAAACGCCACUCUAUAGCCACAAAUAAUGCUCAGAACAGCACCUAACUUCAUCAACAAUAUAGGGUCCCAGCCACCGAACAUCCACCUUUUUAACUUUGCCUAAUUUCUUUAGCAAAGAGACUAAACACAACUCACCUACUCUCUUCCAGCAGCCGCUUGUUUUUAGCAAGACCUUGACCAGUCCAUUAUCGACUGAGGUGGGGUGACGCAGCUUAAGGAAGAACAUUUAUGAUCAUUUCUUCAUGCAACCGAGACCGAGACGCUAAGGCAGAAGAACUACCGCGUCUGCAGAGCAAAAUGAUUAAUAUGAUGAUUAUCACUUCAAGGAAAUGAUAAAGAAAUGAUCAUAAAUGUUCUUCCUUGAGUUGCGUCAAAUCCCAGCAGUCUGUAAUGAACUGGCCUGAGGUCUCGCUACAAACAAACGGCUGCUGGAAGAGAGUAGGUGAGAUGUGUUUAGUCUCUUUGCUAAAGAAAUCAGGCAAAGUUAAAAAGAUGUUUGGUGACUAGGACCCUAUAUGUACUGUUGAUGAAGUUAGGUGCUGUUCUGAGCAUUAUUUGUGGCUAUAGAGUGGCGUUUUGGUUGAGGUUUGUGUGUGGUUCCAUAGACCGCUGUGUAUUGCUAUCAUGCAGUCGUUAUUAAAGUUGGUAUAACUAGAGAAGCAAGUGGUCGGCAACAUUCAUCUCUCGAUGGGGUGUCUAACUCGGUGUUACAGUGUGUUUGACCCUAAAUUACAUUUACGCCGGAAUAUCCCUUUAAGGACAUAUAGAUUACUAAUUCGCCGGUCAUUAUGACUGCUGUAUAUGCUUUUAUCUCUGUUUCAGAUAUGGAAUUGAGCCUCCAGGGCUGGUGAAGUUGGAGAGAGAGAUAGAAAGGGAGGAGGCGGGUUGCCUGUUCUCAUCUCCCCCGCUGCCCUUCUCCUUUUUUCCUCCUGCAUCACUUUAUUCUCCAUCACAGUCAUCCCAGCCCCAAGCCCUCUCUCCUCCUCCCUCUCCUCCUCCUCCUCCUCCUCCUCCCUCUCUUCCUCUUCCACCUGUACCUCUCACAACCCAUAUGACCGAACCCCUAGCUGCCUCCUUUGCCUCUGAUCUUCCAUCAGCUGCACCUCCAUGUUUACCCCCUCCUCUGUCCUCUAACCCCUGCACAACCACGGCCUCAACACAAACACCUUUGUUCUCUCCAUCCUGCACCAACAAUACAUCUGUUACUAUUUCACCGUCAGCACCCACAGCAGUGCAAACUCUGAACCAUCACACUCCAACAGUGACACCUCCCAUCGCCUCCUCACCUGCAGCCAUAACUCACUCCAGCAAAUCUACAAGCCGGAGGAACACAGGAGCCCCCAACAUUUUAGAUGACAUUGUGGGUAUUCUAAUUUCUGUAAUCAUAUUAUUUGAUCAUGCAGAUAUGUUUAAGGGCUAUACUGUAUUUUUCACUUGAUUUCCCCUCCCUCUAUCUAUUUUUUUUCAGGUGAGAAACAUUAUUGAGAACCCCCCCUGCAGCUGUCCCACCAGGUUCCUUGUCCAGAAGCAACCCAAAGGGUGCUAUCGUGUUGGGGAUAAAGUUCUGUACAUAAGGGUGAGUGUCUCCGGGUAAAGGAGUCACUAGUCUGCAACACUAUGCACAUUAAGGGACUCAGUGUGCGUCUAAGGCACAGCAUAUGUAACUCGGAUGCUCAAUCCACGGCAACUGAGGCGUGAUUGCACUUUUUAAUGAUCUUAUAUUCACCUGAUCAAUUCCGGUAAAAUUUCAAACCCAUCAACCCACCAACAAAAAUGUAAGACUUAAAGAGCUUGAAAGACAUUUUUACUUAAUAAUAUUACAGAAACUAUUUGCCAACCUUCCCUAAAAUCCCUCUGUUGACUGAACCUAACUUCACAUAGGGGUCAAGAUUUAAACAGUUUCUCUUUUGUUUCCAAGCCCUGCACUUUGUCCAUCCACUGCCAACCUGACCUCCUUGUGCACAUUAACAUUUCACAUUUUCUACAUUUGUUUAAAUCUUGCCCCAUAAACCAUCCCACUGAGCAAUUUUUGGUCUAAAGAAGAUCUAAUAGAUGUCUAAAUGUAGCCUAGACGACUGGUCUAAAAUCAGGCUACCACAGGUCUAACAAUGGGAGUUUUUUAAUGUCUAAAUUUAGACCAAGUUUAGACUAAAUCUUAAUCUGGGCUAUAUCUAUACCACACAUAUUGCUCAAUGGCUAUAGUAACUAUUUUGGUUAAAUACUUGGAGAUCAGUUAUGCAACUCACAGUUGCUUUUUGAAAUAAAUAGUUAUCAAAAAAUGGUUUAAAGUGUAAUGUCUAAAAAUGUACAGAAUCUAGACGGCCUAAAUUAGGUCUAAAAAAAACCCUAGACGUUCAAUAGACGUCUAUUGCUCAGUGGGAUUCAACAAUCACUGUAACAUCAAAUCACAAGCAAAAGAAGAGAGCCCAAAAGUUCGUUAAUGACCACCUUCUCCACCAUUUUGAUGACAUUAUUGUGUUUUUCGUAGUGUUAAGGUUGAACAAAGCAAAUCAAAGCUAUAGCUACAUGUUUGUUUGUUCGCAAACCAAUUCUAAUGGCUCACUCAAUGAAUGUGCGUCAUAGACGUUACAACACAUGUGAGGUGUGAAGGCUGUUGGGUUACUAAUCAACAGCUGAAUCAGCAACAAGUGCAGUGUCACAGGGACUGCUUUACAAUCAUUUGGGAUGGAGACGUAGGAGCCUUUCAUUCUCCUGGAGUCGUGCACCACCCGUGUGUGUGUCUGUACAAAGGCUUGCGAACCGCCUUCUGGGAGGCAGGGUUGCUUGGCAACCAAUGGCCAGGAUAAGACCGUGCUGACAAUGAUUUUAUUCAGUACAUAGACCUUCAGCAGAGAGUUCAAACCUUAGGGAGAGGCACGUCUCUUUCAGCAGGAUUUUGUAAAGAUAUGACCGUGUUGUGCAGUUCAACAGGGAGUCCUCGUGCACUUAUGUGGGAAGGGUUUGAAUGUAGAAAGGUUUUCUAUACAUAUAAAGAAAUACAAGUAACAGCUCCAGCGUAGGCUGUAAUGCACACUGUAUACAUGAUAUUGUUAAAGAAGCAUAUUAUCUGUAUAUCUAUUGAUUAAUUCAGAGAGUUUAAACGCUAAAAUGCUCCAGCAGAUCACGACAUACUGCUUAUCUUCACAUCCAACAGAGAUCGACUGAGCUGUAUCACAGCUUUGGUGGCUAAUUGGUCACCUGUUUAAAUCCAUUUAUUGCUUUGUUAAUUGUAUUGACCGCGGCGCUCUCUCGACUGGUAAUCGGUGCUGCCAGCUUCAGUUUGCUCGCAGCAGAGAUGCAGCUUCAUUUUGAUGUGUUGACAGGCGACGUAUUUUUACUGCCCAUUUGGAAAAUAAUGCUCCCCUGCAGACAGAGAACAGCUGUUUCUGUGUAGCAGACAUGUCAAUCACAGAGGAGAAACAUGUUUGUACAGGACAUCAAAGACGGCAAUAAAGAUGAAAUAAUCACGGCUUGAGGUUUGGUUAACAUUGGUCCAUGGAAGAGAUAGAAGGCCUAGAUUGUCCUUGCACAUAUAGUACAACAAAAUGUGAUGUUCAUUUCCUGAAAUUGAAAGUACUAUCUCUGCGUGAAUUCAUAAAGCAGAAAAACACAAGUGAAUUUAGUGUAGUCUAAGUGUUUUAUGACUUUUUUUUGGACACAAAUGCACAUUAUUAAGAUGCAUCUGCAGAUUUAAUGUUACCGCAGAUUCAGGAUUGUUGCACAUUAAACCUAACUGUACAUUUCAGCCCAUCGUUUUUGGCCAAUAUUGUCAGAUAUAAGUCCCGUCAGGAAUCCUUUUUCUCCAAAGAAGAGCAGAAAAGAUUAGAUUUCAAGCUCUCUUCUCUCUACAGUCUCUUGACAGUUAACCUUUUGUGCUCGCCUUCUCUGUGCUACCUUGCAAAGACAGCUCCUCACCGUAACUCAAAGUCCAUCUGUCAGUUUCGAGCCAUAAUUACUAAUUUGUAGACUUGCACUGUGGCCUUCCUUUUUUCUCCUAUCUCUGACAAAAACACACCUCAGCUGUGUGAACAGGGCGCUGCAGCCCAUCGACCCUGACUCCAUCCAUUACUGCUCAGCUCACAGCUGCCUACACACGUGCAGAAAACAAGCUGUAAUCCUCCAUUACCAUAUACCAUGAUAACCUCACUGCAGCUACUAGGACAGCGCACCAUUCAAUGUGUACAGACCUUUUAAAAGAGCAGAUACUAUUGAUUACUUAGACAGAGUCAUUAGCGAGGGGGUUUAAUCAGACAGCUUGUUAAUGAGCGACUGAGCAUGACCGCCCCUCCUCACAUGUAAACUUCCCUCUGCCCCCCCCUCCUCUCUAUUCCCUCUGGAGCCUAUUCAAUCACACCGGCCCUGGAGUGCUCUUCCAUUCUUUGGUGUUAAAAAAGAGGAAGGCUUUUCUUUCUUCUCUGCACCCAAUUAGGCUCUCCUCCAGCUUUGUAGCAGGGGCACUAUCUGACUGUGUCAGUGGAUGGUAAAGACAUUUAAACACCUCACAAUAUCAUGUGCAUCAAUUUUGUGUUUUGAUGCUUUCUGUAGAGGAGAUAAACCUGAAAAGGAACUUGAAAGCGUCUCGUCAUGAAGACUGCUUUUUGCACAGCAGGACCAAAAUGAGGAUGGUGAAAUGUUUUUUUUUUUUCUUGUCUCUAUCCUGCUGUUAGGUUGACAUCUUGUCUUUGUGAAGUGUGGUUGAGUAGGACAUUAACUCCAGAGAAGCUGCAGGUGUUUUAUUCUGUAAUGGACUAUGGCCUUUCACCUGAGGGGGAUGACAUGAAAAGAUAAAGCUAGCAUGACGAUGUGAUUAUGACAGUUAGUUUGUAUAAUGUUACCCACUCAAAUAAUCAGAUUAAAUGCCCGAUCGGAAUCAAAAUGCGACAUGUAACAUUUCGAUCGGAACAUUCUGAUCCAAUUCAUCUCAAUCAGAGCGAAACUGUAUUCCGAUCGAGAGGGGUGGUUUAUGCCAAUCGUUAUUCCGUCCAUGUAAACACUUAUUCCGAUCGUGACUCUCUUACCUGACUCGAUCUUCACUCUUUAGCCUUUGGUUUAUUUACUGAGGUCAGUACAGGAGGUUUUAUUAUUACCACUUUGGUUUAAAACACAACCGCAGGUGCCGUGCCUGCUCUUCCGGUAACACAACGAGGCAUAAAUACAGCGUAAUGAUGUCACAUCCGCACGCGCAGUGCAAAAAUAAGUACGCAAGGGCGCCAUCUAGUGACUACAUUUUACAGAGGGGUAACUCCUGAAUUGGAUGGAGCGAGCCACUACUGCGUUUGUUGGUUUGUUGACAGCACAGGCGUAAAUACAACUCUUCUUCUGCGGUUGUUUUAGCGAAAUCAGACAAAUCUGCGCAUGUCCAAAAACUUCUAAUCGGAAUAAAACUUGGUGCAUGUCUACGCCCAUCAUUAUCGGAUUAUUUGAUUUAGUACCCAUAUAAACAGUGGAUUAAGAUUAUUCGAUCCCUCCAAUUUUUAAUCGGCUCAAGAAAUUUUGCUCUUUCUUGAUCCGAUUGAAGUGAUGCUCAUUAGCAAUGAGCAUGAAUUAUAAACAAGGUUAAGAGGAGUGCUUUUACCUGGUGACCUGAAACAUUAAUCCAAGUUCUUACUUUUCAUUUGGAGAGGAGCAUAAUCUCAGUAGGGUCACAAGACAAAGUGUAAUGACAUUUUUCUAUUCUGAACCUCCUGGUGGUGCUGAAACCAGCAGUGUAGCAAUGUGGUUUAGAUUUAGUGUCUUGAAAUAAUGAAUUCUUGUAUACUUUUCUUUUGAAUACCAGAAAAGGAAAGAGUUAAUCUCAUUAAAUAUGGCAGGUGAAUAACUACUUCCUUAAAGUUUACCUGCAGCCGUUAUGUUUGGACCUUGAGGCUUGCAUCCAGCAUCCAAAAAAUGAUCUCUGGAAACUUUUAGAUUAGUCAAUAAAAUAAGAACAAAACAUACAAAGUAUAAAGAACAUGUCACUAUGGAUUUGUUUGAUUUUCCCCAGAUUUAUCAGCUUUCAGUCUAAAAAUGUUAGUAGGCAAGACACCAGAAUAUAAACUAGUAUUUAAUUCUUAUUUGAUCAGAAAGUCAUUCCAAAGUAAUGAACACUGAUUGUUAGACAAACCUGAGCUCAGAGGGCACACGUGUUCUCUCAUAAGCUCAUAACUGUGAUGCUGCUCAGUAUGUCUUUAUUUUUGUUAAUCUGACAAGAACUCCAUGUACUCCCUAACACAAGUAGAUGACAUGGCUAAAGCCUGCCUCCUACUGGCAUGUGUUGAAAAGACACCUCCUCUUAAGCAAGUACACUCAUGCAUCUUUCAGCAGGAAGGCAAAGAUGGAAUCGAUGGAGCUGCCAGGGGAGACACAGGGGAAUCCAAAUGCUGGUUUAUGGGCUGCAGACAUAGCACACUUUGUACAGAGAGACCUAUGAGGGGGAGGGGGGUCGUUGUAAAGACAGAAAUAAAGCCGAGUGCCUGACAAUCAGUGCAAGUAUUAGAUAAUACAGAAGUGAAAGAUACUUACUUUGUUGGUUUGGUAUAUUAAUUGGCGCCCACAUAUGUGCUCUAAAAUUGUUAUGCACUGUGAAAUAUACUCCAAGCGUAUCAUUGUAUAUCACACACUCAGAGUCAAACUGUAAGAAUAAACACAUAAAGCUAGAUUACAGGCCAUAAAGUGACACAGAGGAUUCAUUAAAGCAAUUAUGUGGAUAAUAAAAGCUUGAAUGUCUUUAAUUUUAUCAGCUGGUUUAUGAGAAUAAAAAAAAACUGAGCCUAAAUAUUAAAAGUACAUCAAGAAUAGCAGUAAACUCCUGCUGCAUCAAAUAUUUAAAAAAGAAAGAAUAUGUUUAAAUAAUGUGAUUUUGUUGAAAUUAUGAUGAACUUUAUUUUAUUAUUUCAACAUGAGACUGUGUAGAAAAAAUGAAAACAGAAUUACACUUCCUGGGUGUCUGACAGGAGAGUGGUUUAUUCAGAAUGUCAGACUUGACCCCUGACAACCUCGACAUUUUAAUCUGCAGGAUGACAGCUGAGGCAGACCACGUCUGGGCUUCCGUCUCUGGCUGUACGUGUGCAUGUGUGUGUGUUUGUGUAAACCUGCCUGUGUGUGUGUUUGUGCGUGUGCCUGUGCUCCUUUUUUAUUCCACACGUGACACACACCUCCCCACAUGAAAACAUCAGAUCUGCUUGUAUUAUCACAUCCUUAAUGGCUCAGUAAUGAAGGGUUUAUUGGAGAUAAGGCGAGAGGGGGCGGGUCGGUGCUGACAGGACAAGGGAUGGCUUUGCGAGAUCUCCUGGGAAUUCUUAUGUCUGCUGGGAGUUGAAGGUCUAAGCCCUGAACUCAUCUCAAUACCCCCUCACCCCCCCCCCCCCCAGCUAGGACUUGUAUUGUAGCUGUGGUUGCCAUGGCAGCAGUUGGACGGCUGUCAGUGAGAGAUGUGUUGAUUCAGAUAACCCCCCUGUAACUACAGUACACACACACACACACACACACAGACACACUGCGAGGAGCCUUUUGAUUAAAAAAAUGUUUAUUAGGCGUUUAUCUGUGUGGGUGUUCAUGUGUGUGUCUGUGUGAGAGAGAGUGCUCACAUGUGUAUUAGUGUGUGUGUGUGUGUGUGUGUGCAUGUGCUCAGCUGGUGCCAAGAGGUGUUGUUUCAUUUGGUUUAAUGAGAUUUUGACAAAGCUAUCCAAGAGUUCAUUUGCCUUUCAUAGCCAGAGCUACGCACACCCGAACUGAUGCUAGUAAGUUAGAUUGGGGGAAUGGGGGGAGUGUGCGUUUGAAGAGGAGGGGGUUAAUAUAAUUGAAAAUUCAUACAGACUUUGUCCCUCCUUGACUGUCUGUGCGUUUGCAGAUGCUGAAUGAGCGUCAUGUGAUGGUGCGUAUAGGCGGCGGCUGGGAGACCUUCAUCAGUUACCUGCAGAAACAUGACCCCUGCAGAGGAGGAGGAGGAGCAGCAGCAGGGGGCAGAUCUGGGGUCAGGGUCUGCAGGGACAAAGUGAAGUCACCCACUUUGAACAUGUCACCUGACAGCUACAUGGUGGUGGGUGCCCAUUAUCGUGGCAAGAAGUAGAGUCCAAACAAUUUUUAGCUUUCUGGCAAGUGAAUAUUCUGUUUGAGUUUAAUGAUUUAAUGUGUUUUUUUUUACUCAAGUUUCAACGAAAAAUGAACUUUUUCCACAAAUAACCAUCUGUUUAAAGCCGUAUGACUGUCUAUCCAACAUUAAAUUAGAGAACAAUGCUGUGUCUACUCGUGUCUGAUCC